UUUCCAGAAGCCUAGUACCUAGGUAUCGACUAGAUUAUAUGUCAUCAUAUUAAAUUCAGAGUGAAUUUAAAUAAUAAAAUCUGGUGUUACGUUCACUACAAAAUAGAAAAUGAACAAUGCCUCGGACUACCAGAUCCGGGAUGACAGUAAAGACGGCUAAAUGGUAAAUAGAGAUGCUAACAAGUAGCUGCCUAGUUACGUCGCAAUUCGUACUGAAAGUUAAAAAUACAUUUUCUAUUAAUAUGUACCGUACCUAGUGGCAUCUGUAUUAUGAUUGCUUUCGAUUCCUGGUUUUUACUGGGUUAACGAUUACUUUGUUGUGUGCAUUUGUUAAAACUUGUUCAACAAUGUCAAGAUACAAGCAACCAAAAAAUCUCGAAAAACUGGCAUUGAAAAAACUGGGAGACUGGGUAGCAUUACUAGCAGAAAUUCAUAUGAAACCAAUCGCAACACUAGCUCAAAAAGACAUAAAUAAAGCACAUACAGUACUAACAGAAAACGUAAACUAUUUACGCCAGUUCUUGAAUUACAACGUGCCAUGGAUGAUACAUGAUUUAUUAGCAAAUGAAGUUAUUAGAGCUUUAUCUGAACUACUGGAAAAAACAAAACAGUCUUUGGGAUUUAGAGCUUCUAUGGGAAAGUUCGUUACACAAAUGAAUGUGAUUGUAAGGAUGACAGAAGUUCUGUUUACUAAAAAUUUAACUCGUGUUUGUGUCGAUACUAUACCAAAAAUGUUACGUUCUGUAUUUUAUUCAAAGUUACCGAUGCUAAGAGGCCUUGUUUACUUGAACCUCGGAUCGCUUUCAGGUGGGUGGAAAACAGCUGAUAUGGAAGAGGGUGUUGUACAAUCCCUUAAAGAAUUACAUUGUUUAAAAUAUUUAUUUAUAAAUUAUGAUUGCACAGAUAAUAUAUUAAAAUGCAUAGUUGAAAACUGUCACCUCAUUGAAAAGUUGGACGUCUCAUGUUCUAAAUGUGUUACAAAUGAAAGUAUUGAUAUAAUAUUAAAAUUAAAAAACUUAAGAAGUGUACAAUUGUAUAGAACUUUCGUAUCAAAAGAAGGUUUUACAAAAUUACUUUUAAAGUGUAAAACUUUAGAAGAUAUUGGUAGGUGUGACGACAUUGGUCGAAUAUUGGAAUUUAUUGACUUAACAAAUUCCACUGCUAAGCCAUUUAACUUAAAAGUCUAUGUUAGUCGCUAUGCCACUAUGCAACAUUUACAGCUCGCAGUGCAGAUGUGUCCCUUUAUUUGUAGUAUGACUGUAUUUCAUAACACUUUGCAAAGCGAUCUGAUGGUAUUAAUAGGCCUCAAAGAUUUAACGGAUUUAAAAUUGUUAUCUUGUGAUUUUUAUGCUGAUCAAGUUAAGCAUGUUUUGCAGGUAAAAGGGUGCAAUAUAACAAAUUUACAUCUCGAACAUGUUGAUCAAAUCGAUUUAAAUGCAUUGAUGUACAUAAGCCAAAUGUGUCCUUUAUUAGAAAACUUAACUUUAUACAAUUGUACACUCAUACAGCAUACGUCAUUAUACACGAAAAAGUUAGAAAUUUUACCUUACAGAAACUUGAAGAAAUUAACUUGCGUAUCUAAAUGCACAGAUGAGCAACUGUUAUUUAUAUUUACAAAUUGUAUAAAUGUGGAAUAUAUUCAUACAGGAACAGCAGUGCAAUUCACAGAUGAUUUGAUUUUCAAUAUUUUAGAUAAAAACCCACUCAUUUAUCUGAAAGAAUUUAGAAUAAUGCAGUCGGAUUUCUUAACAAUGAGUUCUGUAGAGCGAAUUAUUCAAAGUUGCAUGAAUUUAGAAGUAUUAGUAGAAAUGGAAAGUUGGACUUUGUUGACAGAUAGUGAUCGUGAAUACGUCAGAAAUUACAUAAAAGCGAACAAUUUAAACAUCGAUUUAUCUUCCAUACGUCAUUACGAUAUAUGAAUAUUAAUAUUUAUUUUCACACCAAGUGCAUUGUGGGCUAGACGUGUAUCGAGCUUAGAUGCCAUUAUACAAAUAAAAAAGAAUAUAAUAAUAAUCAUAAGCAG